CGAGCAGAGAAAUAGAAAGAAGUCGCUCGCAACUGAAGUGAAACUAAAGACAGACAGCGGAGAGGAAUGGCAUUGGCAGGAAAGCACGGCCCUUCCACUUCCAGAUCCAAAUCUCCUUUCCUUCUCUUCUUCCUCUCUCUCUCCAUUCUCUCUCUCAUCUUCUUCCUCUUCUCCUUCCGCAAUCCCACCCAAUUCCCCGACCAUCCCAGCCCCCUUGUGACCCCCGCUUACAACCCCCAAACCUCCUUCGUCGCCUCUCUCGAGCAUUUUCUUCAUCAUCCUCCGCCUCCAGAUCAUGCCGUCCGUACGGUAUCCGGCGAGGAGGAGCUUGACGACCUGGUUUCGGCGACCGAGAGCGGGAGGCUGUACGGUGACCCGUACUAUCCGCUGAGCAUGCCGAUCAAGGUUUACGUCUACGACAUGCCGUCCAAGUUCACCUACGAUCUGCUCUGGCUCUUCCGGAACACCUACAAGGACACCUCCAAUCUCACCUCCAAUGGCAGCCCCGUACACCGCCUCAUCGAACAGCAUUCAAUAGAUUACUGGUUGUGGGUGGAUCUGAUAGCGCCAGAAUCGCAGAGGCUGCUGAAAAGUGUUGUGAGAGUUGAUAGGCAGGAAGAGGCAGAUCUGUUCUACAUCCCUUUCUUCACCACCAUAAGCUUCUUCUUGAUGGAGAAACAGCAAUGCAAGGCACUUUACAGGGAAGUUUUGAAGUGGGUUAUGGAUCAGCCUGCGUGGAAGCGAUCUGAAGGAAGGGAUCACAUACUUCCAGUUCAUCAUCCCUGGUCUUUCAAGUCUGUUCGCCGAUACAUGAAGAAUGCAAUUUGGCUGCUACCUGAUAUGGACUCCACGGGGAACUGGUAUAAGCCAGGACAGGUUUUCCUGGAGAAAGAUCUAAUUCUCCCUUACGUCCCGAACGUUGACUUAUGUGAUGCAAAGUGCAUGGCUGAUACCGAAUCAACAAGAACCACUAUUCUUUUCUUCCGCGGGAGGCUUAAAAGAAAUGCUGGAGGGAAAAUACGUGCAAAACUCGUUGCAGAAUUAAGUGGUACCGAGGGUGUCGUUAUAGAGGAGGGAUCAGCUGGAGAGGUGGGAAAAGUGGCAGCUCAGAAUGGGAUGCGCAAGUCUAUCUUUUGCCUAAGCCCAGCUGGUGACACUCCAUCAUCUGCUAGAUUGUUUGAUGCCAUUGUCAGUGGAUGCAUACCUGUCAUAGUCAGUGACGAACUGGAGCUUCCUUUUGAAGGAAUACUAGAUUACAGGAAGAUAGCUAUAUUUGUGUCUUCCAGUGAUGCUGCACAACCGGGCUGGCUACUGAACAUUCUAAAAAGCAUUAGCCACUCUCAAAUUAGUGAAAUGAGACGGAAUCUUGUCAAGUACUCGAGGCAUUUCGUGUACUCCAAUCCAGCUCAACCCUUGGGUCCAGAAGACUUGGUGUGGAGAAUGAUGGCUGGCAAGUUGGUGAACAUCAAGCUUCAUACUCGAAGAUCUCAGCGGGUAGUGAAGGAAUCAAGACGCAUCUGCACUUGUGAUUGCAGGCGCGCAAACUCGCCAACUUCAACUUCCCUCUUGUAACCCAAAACCCCCCCAAUUCCAAGUUUUCCUUAACGCGUGAUUAUAUCAUAAUAGAUGUAUAAGUAUGUUAUUCAAGUGUAUCAAUCAUCGUUGGAUUAACCCCUUCUUUGGCCAUGAUAGGUACCUUUUUUUUGGUAAUGGAGAUUGUGCAGUUCCUUCCAUUCCACUUCAAUCAGUAAUGCUUAAUUAGGAGAAAGAGAAAUGCUAUCUAACACUGUAUGUGGUUAUCAUUUAUUAAUCACGUUUUAAUUAUA